UCAUGCUGCAGAUCGACCCAAAGCAGUGCGGUUGCAGUUCUUGACCGUGUUUAUCCCAAUGUUACCUUGACUUACAAGACUUAACGGGAACAUGGCGAAUCUAAAGACGGUCCGUUGGGCACCGUAGUGUGGGUAUAUAGAGACGGAACGACGCAGGAACAAGGAAGGCUCGUGACCGAGGAGCACCACUUUAUACAGGUUAUCAACCUAUCCUGAAAAGCUCCUGUAAUAGAUGUGGUGUGAAAUAAACCCUACAAAAGGUCCUGGAGUUGAGUUGAUAAAGCAUCCUCUACGAUCUUCUCAGCCUUUUCAAGUGCAGGCGGACAAAAGUCCUAAAGAACUUGACAGUGGUUCUUCCAACAUUAUUGAGGGAUGAGGGAUGAAGGAUGAGGGAAAACCAUAAGGCAACAAUCAGUUUCUAAGCAACAGCACCCACAACUCAGCAUGGGCUACAAGGUACCCGGGGCAGCAGACCGAGUGAGUCAGCUAUGGCGUAUGAGGCGUCGUGCUCGCCGUGGAGCACUCUGCAUGGCCUUCUUCUGCAUCUCCAUGGCUCUGCUGUACGCCCUGUGUGCAGAGAACAGUGUACCCGUCACCGACGCUAUCUUUGGCGUGCGGGCGCGGACCCGGGCCCAACCUCGCACACACUCUGUCAUCAAGGUGCUGCGAGGUGGAUCCAAGCCCGCGCUCGUUGACCCCCAGAAGCUUCCGGGCGUCGUCCCUGGCGACCCCCGCCGUCCGAUCCCCGUUCUGUCCUCGCCAAACCACACCCAGGUGCAUCCGACGCUAAAGCAAAAGCAAAGCAAAGAGCGUGAGGGUUUUUUCAGACGCAUGCUGCCCCGCCCUGUCAUGCGGGCACUGGAGACUCUGUUUGGAGGCCGUCGGCGGGGGGAACUGAGUGGUAAAGCGAGCGACGCCGAGUUGUUUGGCCCGAACAGCCUUUUGGGACAAGUGUGGAACGAGCAGAUGUCCAGCAGCAUGCUGGGAAACGGACUCAAGAAGGUGGUGGGGAAUUAUCAGGCAAUGAAUAAAUAUGGAGUAGAGUUCUCCAACCCUGCUGACAUCACAAGCAGGCCAAAGCUGAGCGGUCCUGAGCUCCUCUGUGAGCUCUACAAAAAGGUGGAGGUGUCUUCGUUGACCCCUGACCUCCAGCCUCUCUUCUCUCUGUCCUGGGCCUCACUGCUCCCGCCGAAGACUCUAACCGCCGACCUGGGGCCUUACAAGCAAUGUGCGGUGGUGUCCUCCGCCGGGUCGCUGCGCAACUCCGGCCUGGGCAAAGAGAUCGACUCCCAUGAUGCUGUGAUGCGCUUCAACGCCGCCCCCACCGCUGGCUACGAGAAGGAUGUCGGUUCUAAAACCACCAUCCGCCUUAUCAACUCUCAAGUAAUGGCGUCUGAUGACCACCACUUCCUGUCCAGUUCGCUGUACAGCUCAGGUGUAUUGGUGGCCUGGGACCCCUUUUCUGCUGACUUCACACAGUGGUUCAACCGCACCGACUACCCUAUCUUCGCCCAGUACCAGCGGUACAGGAGGCUCCACCCCCAGCAGCCCUUCUACAUCCUGCACCCUCGCUUUGAGUGGCAGGUUUGGCAGCGAAUACAAGACAACAUGGCCGAGCCCAUACAGAAGAACCCGCCCUCCUCUGGCCUGCUGGGUACGGUCCUGAUGAUGUCCCUGUGUGAGGUGGUGCACGUCUACGAGUUCCUGCCUUCACGCCGGAAGACGGCACUUUGUCAUUACUACCAGCGCUACUUUGACGCGGCCUGCACUCUCGGCGCUUACCACCCCUUGCUCUACGAGAAGAACCUGGUCAAGCGCAUGAACCGAGGGCCCGACAGCGACAUCUACAAACAUGGACGUGUCACGCUGCCUGGGUUCCGAACCCUCAACUGCACUGAGACUUAAUACAAUGAACCUUGCAUGAAGAACAAAAAGGACAGCUGCAUGACACAAGUUCACACACAGUCCAAUCAUCUUAACAGCUGUGCCUGCUGACACAUGUAUCUAAUACAAACGCCGGCAGUGUUAAUUAGCUCAACUUAGGAAGACCCUAUUACUGCUUUACACAGCUUUAUUUAGCCUUUCGACACAAAAUAAACAUUGCAAAAUCCUAAGGUUUGCCAUAAAGAUGCUUGAUAUAAGUUUGGUUACACAACAUACUUGACAGCAAACAUUUUUCUGGGGGGGUGAGGUUUGUGAAAGAUAAAUUAUGAGACAUUCAAAGUCAAACACAAUUCAUUCAGUGACGUAUCUGUGUGUGUAAAAUGUUAUUUUGUCAUUCCACUGUAAGGCACUACUUGGUUUACCUUUAGAAUUUUCCAUCUUGAUUUUUUUUACAUGGUUUUCAAGGCCUGAAUGUAAAUGUUGUAAUUACCAUUACUGUAGUCAAACUGUGAUAUACAUACAUGUUAGGUUCUCAUCCACCAAAUUGUAACUGGUAGUUAAAAUGAGACAUGAUCAAAGCCUUUCAUACUCAGCCUGCGCAUUUUCAAAUUCAGCUUUUGUCAAAAUGCCUUCAGGCCCCUAGUCGUCAAUGUUGCCAUGGUUGCGACGAUGCUCCUUCUCCCCCACAACAGCAGUAUUGUUGUCUUUUUUUCUAUAAAAUGUCAAACAUUGACGAUUAUCUAAAAAUCACUAUGUAGUGAAUCAUUAUACAAAGGUUAUUUGGGUCCUAGAGAAAGAGACAAAAGAAUAAUAAAUGAAACAUUAUAUAUAUACAUAUAUCUAUAUC